AUGUUACACCUUACACUAUCUAGCAUUUCCCUCCUGAGUCUGUUGGUGACAAAGGCUCUGGGGGCAUGUCCUCCGUUCAACAGCACUUUUUUUAUCGACAAUUCCAAGCUUUAUCCGGAAAAUCUCGACUUUGACACACAGCACUGCAAGCUCUAUGUCGGUUCCAACUUCAAUGCCACCGUGUUGGUUUACGACCCAUACAAAAAUACUCAAGAGAUUCUCACCUUCGACGGGAUUAGUCACACAGAUCCUUUCCAUAUCUCAGGGAUCGACUUCGACGAGAAAACAGGCUCCAUUUUCAUCUCGGCGAACAGCGGAACUCCUUUCGUGACUUUCGGUCAAAACCUUACAGGCCCGAACUACUUAAUCCGUUACGAUACUAAGACAAAGCGGGUUGUCUACAAAGCCGACUUGGCUGGCUUCCUCACGGAUAUAAAAGACACCUUGAAUCUGACUGUCAACGGGUUCCAAGAUAUGGCCGAAGAUCAUCUCGGCAACUCGUUCGUUCCUGUUGACUUUGGCGUCAGAGCCAUCGCCAAGGUCUCGCCGAGCGGUGAUGUAACGCCCUGGUAUGUCUCCAACGACACUGCCAGUGCCAACAGUUACUACCCUGCUCUCUACGAAGGCCUCGUCUUUCACCCAACCGGCAAGCUUAUUGUUACCGACGCCGGUGCUGGCACUUUUGUCACCUUCGACACAAAUGCUGCUCCUCCUAAGCCACGCACUGUCAAAAUAUCUGGUUUUACAUCAGACUACAAAGGCGUCAGCUGCGAUGGACUCUUGAAUCCUGCACGGUACCCAGGCCGUGAUGUCUUGCUCUGCUCAGAGGACGGGAUCAACGCUAUCACUGUUUUCACGACCAAGGAUAGUUGGAAAACGGCCAAAUAUGUCGGCCAAGUCGCCAACAACAACACUCUGGCAGCUGGAAGCAUCCCGGCGGCUACAGUACAAAUAAGCAACUCGCUCUAUAUCUCGCCCUUCUUCUCCAACGAUACAGGUAUCGCUGAUACAGUUGGAAACCGUUCCAAUUUUCCUUUUAUUGACAUUACGAGCAGCGUUGAUGCUUUGGUAUCGGUCGACAAUAUCAAAAUCGCGGAUUGCUGA